AUGUCUGUUGAUCCUGAAGCUGUGAAAGUUGACGCACCUAUCGUAUCUUCGGAGACAGAUCAGUCUUUGGAACUCAAGAAAAAGUCAACGCAGACGGCGCGGGUUGUGUUACCGACUGCUGCUGAUGAUGCGCAUGCGGAUGUGGACACCGAUGAAGAAGGUCCGGAGGACGGCGUUGAGGAGGAGACGGACGAUGGAGACUUUUUGAGCGAGUUUCCUGAUGACACCGAGGAUUUGGAACUCGUGCACUCAAAAAUCGGCUCUUUGGCGGGUCUACGGCUUGCGCGGUUCGCGGAGCAUCUGAAGAGAUUGUGCCUCCGACAGAACUUCAUCUCUAUUCUGGAGCCUGAGACGUUCCAUCAACUGACGAAGUUGGAGGAGUUGGAUCUGUACGACAACAAAUUGAAAGGUGUCGGAGAUGCACUGGAUAAACUCGAGAAUCUGAGCACACUUGAUCUGUCGUUCAAUCUCCUGCGAUCGGUGCCAGACCGCCUGGAGUUUCUGCACUCUUUGGAUACCAUCUACUUUGUGCAGAAUAAAAUAACCAAGAUUUCUGGCUUUGCUUCAUGCGUCACGUUGAGAAGCUUGGAGUUGGGUGGAAACAAGAUUCGUAAAAUCGAAAAUCUGGAAAGUCUGGUUAAUCUGGAAGAACUUUGGCUUGGGAAGAACAAGAUCACUAAACUUCAGGGUUUGGGAACGCUUAAGAAGCUCAAGAUUCUUUCUUUGCAAUCCAACAGAAUUACCAAGUUGGAGGGUCUUGAAGAACUGAAAGAUCUUAGCCAGCUAUAUCUCAGUCACAAUGGUAUCGAGCGAUUAGAAGGGUUGGAACACAAUCUUGAGUUAACUACGCUGGAUGUUGGGAACAAUUUCAUUCCUGCAAUCGAAAAUAUCUCCCAUCUGAAGAAGCUUGAAGAGCUCUGGAUGAAUGGAAACAAGAUUCCUGAUCUUUCGUCCCUGGAACCUGAACUGAGAGGUAUAUCUACGUUGGAGACUCUGUAUCUGGAACACAACCCCUGUCAGAAGAACGAUAUGACGGGAUACAGGAGGAAGAUUCAACUUGCGCUUCCACAGUUGAAGCAAAUAGACGCAACCAAAUCCAAGGCAAAGGGAAUCAACGCAAGCUCGUUCUUCGACCUCAAAGCAGAACUCUCAAAACAGGAAGCAGAGUUCGCCAAAGCCAAAGCAGCCGGGCGCAGCACCUCGAUUGUUGGUGGUGUUAAACGUCCAGAUAAGAAACCAACGGUAUGGGCACGUCAAAAUAAGGGCGUUAAUAUCCGUGCCGGUCGAGACGUUGAAUUGGAAGAGGUUGCAAAGCCUACACUUGACUCGGCUAGAGCAGCUUUAGAGCGGAAAGCGAAAAUAUACGAAAAGCUCAGAAGAGGGAAGACUGGAGGCUUGAACGAUGCGCAGUAUGACGCACUUCUGGUCGAUUUUGACACGGAUAACGUUACCUCAAAGUACUAUGAAGCAGAUAGCGCAGAUGAAGAUGAGAGUUUAACGGUACCUACACGUCCUGAGGAUGACCCUAUGGUGGAAUAUGAAGACGAAUUUGGACGAAUACGAACAGCACGACGCUCUGAAGUGCCCAGAAAUAUGAUUACAAAUCGUGAAGAUGAGGUCGACGAAGAUGAAGAUAUCAUCAUACGAAACCCCGUCAACCACUUCCCCACUUACCAGCCAACUGAGGAGAGACUGGCUGAAAUAGCAAAACAAUACGCAGAGGAAAACAAUCCUUUGAGUCAGCAUUAUGAUGCUUCGAAGGAGGUACGCGCUAAGGGUGCCGGAUUCUACCAAUUCUCUGGCGACGAGGCGACGAGGGCUGCACAAAUGGAAGAGCUCAAAGCUUCAAGAGAAGAGACGACUAGGAUAAGACAAGAAUUGGGAGCCGAAGAUGUCAAGUUUGGCGAGAUCGAGGGCAUGCGACACGGCGAAGGACAGGGAGGUACGGCAGGGGGACCAGUGGUUAGCAGGGGCGCUGAGAAAAGGAAAAGAGAGCUUGAAGAAAGAAGGAAAUUGCUCGAAGCUAAAAGAAAGAAAGCGAAGGUUUCCGACUCCUCUGCCGCUACCCCUUCGAGUUCUGCUACUCCAGAGAUCAAGGUGACGUCGCAAGAUCUCAACAAAUUGCGCGCUGCUUCGCCACCACCGCCACAGGCUACAUCUGCAAACCGAGUUUCGCGCUUCAGCGACCGUCAAUCAAUUAAAGAAACUAGUCCUGCUUCAAGUGAUCCUUUUGCGGCUCUCGAAUCGAAACUAACGUCUUCUUCCAAAGCAAAAGGGAAAAGUAAAGCAGAAUAUCCUACGAAUGAUGCAGAUUCGUUCUUGGCCCAAUUAGAACAAGAGUUUCUGGCCAAAAGAUAA